AUGCUUGGUGGAAUUUUUGCUGUACAUCUUGGAGCUAUUCCACCAGAUCUGUCAUUCACAUCAAAACCUGAGCAGUGGAAAUGUGAGGGUUUUGAUUUGUCUGUGUUUCAAAGGCUACAGACAAUGGUCUUUGCAAUAGAAGAAAUAAAUAAAGAUGACAUUCUCCUGCCAAAUAUAACACUGGGUUACAGAUUAUAUGACAACUGCAUGAAUUUGCAAGUGGCUAUGAGAGCUGCCUCUACUCUGAUCGGUGGAGUUGAUGACAUUACAGAUUAUCAUUGUGAAGGACUCCCUUCUGUCAUUGCCAUUGUUGGUGAUCCCUUGUCAUCACACUCUAUUGCAAUAUCACGGACAGUGAGCGCGUUUGGAUUGCCUUUGGUCAGCUACUGUGCUACAUGUUCCUGUUUGAGCAAUAAAAUGGAGUUCCCAACAUUUUUUAGGACAGUUCCGAGUGAUGCUUUUCAGGUUAAAGUAAUUGUGGAAAUUAUUAAACAUUACGGAUGGACAUGGGUGGGUGUUGUAGCCACUGAUGAUGAUUAUGGACUCAAUGCUGUGUGGAACCUUAAUGAGGAAAUCAGUAAAUUUGGCUGCAUUUCAUACACAGAAACUCUUGAAAUUGAUGAGAAGGCACGAAUUCCACCAAUAGUUAGAACUAUUAAACAUUCAUCUGCUAAAGUGGUUAUUGCAUUUCUACCUGUCGAUGAUAUGGCAGCUUUGGUAAAAGCUGUGGUUUAUGAAAAUCUCACUGAUUUACAGUGGAUUGCAAGUGAAUCAUGGAGUAUUUCUUCAUUGGCCAGCAAAGAAAAUUUCAAUUCUUUCGGUGGAACAAUAGGUAUAGCUACAAAAAGAGGGCAAAUUCCAGGACUGGAAGAUUUUCUUUUAGAAAUUAAAACAGACUAUAAUUCAAAUAAUAACUUGUAUAAUUUGUUCUGGGAAACAAUGUUUGAGUGCAAAUUCUAUCAAAAUUCACCUUAUCUACCAAAUGUCAAACCAUGCACAGGAUUGGAGGAUAUUAAGGGCAAGAGGUCUGAGUAUACUGAUGUGUCACAAUUAAGGAUAGCUUAUAAUGUCUAUCAAGCUGUAUAUGCCUUGGCCCAUGCCUUAAAUGAUUUGCUUUUUUGUCAAAAUAAAACCAGAUUUGAAGAUAAAUGCAUGAAUAUAAGAGAUAUUCAGCCACACCAGGUAAGGAAAAUUCACUGA